UCACUCGCUCACUCCUUCACUCCUUCACUCCGCAGCUCAGAAGAAGAUCCUGUUGUCGUCAUGUGUUCUUUAUGGGACACCCUGGAGGACGAGAUGGAGUCCUGCCCCACCAACUCAGGGGGAGCAAGCAUCAAGGCCAAAAUCCGGUUUAACGCAGAGGAAGAUGCUAAGGCCCUGAAGGAAGCCAUGAAGGGAAUUGGAACCGAUGAGAAGGUCCUGGUUGAGAUUCUGACCCAGAGGACCAACGAACAGCGGCAGCUCAUCAGGGAAGCCUAUGAGAAGUCCACAGGCAAGACGUUGAUUCACGACCUGAAGAGUGAAACCAGCAAGCACAUGGAGGACGUGCUGGUCGCGCUGGUCUCCACUCCGGCAGAGUUCGACUGCCACGAAGUGAUGAGGGCCAUGAAAGGAGCUGGAUCCAAAGACUCCAUCCUGAUUGAAAUCUUUGCAUCGAGAACCAACGCAGAGAUCAAGGCUCUGAACGUCGUGUAUCUGAAAGAAACUGAGAACCUGUUGGUUCAGGACCUGAGGAAGGAAGUGUCCGGAGACUUCGGCAAAGCGGUGCUCCUCCUGAAUGAGGCGAAAAGGGAUGAGAGCAGCAGUGUUAACAAACAUAUGGCUCUAAAAGACGCUAAGGCUCUUCACGAAGCUUCGGAGAAGAAGUGGGGAACUGAUGAGUCCAAGUUCAUUGAAAUCCUGUGUGGGAGGAGCCUAAGUCAACUCAGACAGACUUGUGUCGAAUACAGGACGCUCGGCAAUAAAUCUCUGCAGGAGAGCAUCGAGUCCGAGAUGAGUGGGGAGCUGGAGGAGCUGCUGGUGGCCAUCGUGAAAUGUGUGAAGUCCAUUCCGACCUACUUCGCAGAGGGACUGCACAAGAGCAUGAAGGGUGCUGGAACCUGUGAGGAGACGCUGUGCCGCAUCAUGGUGAGCCGGUCGGAGAUCGACAUGCUGGACAUCAGAAAGAGUUUCAAGGCGUUCAAAGAUUACUCCCUGCUCUCGGCCAUCGACUCGGAUCUGUCCGGAGACUACGGCAAGUGCAUGAAGGCGAUCUGCGGAGGAGACGACUAAAUCCAGAAGAAACUUUCUGACCCUCUAAAGCUUCUGACUUAUGUUUCUUCUCUUCUGUGUGAUCAUGGAAAAAAACUUUAAGAAUAAUUUAAAACGUGAAAACAUCCAGUGAAAUGUGUGUGUGUGUUUGUGUAAUAAUGAGCUUUUGCUGAAAAUCCAAAUAAUACGACACAUUUCACUCGUCCAGUACUUAACGUUUGUAUUUAACUUUUAAACUAAUUCAUAAGGUGACUCAAAUUAUUAUCCAGUAUAUUAAUCAACUAAUGGGAAUUUAUUUGGGGCUUAUGGAUCAAGCAUUUAUUUACGAAUCAGCAAAAUUCAUAUAUAGAUAAAUUUAAAAAACAAUAUCUUUGGUGUUUUUAGUUUUAUCAGUUUACUCUUUUCUGUCAAAGUUGAUCGACUCAAGCAGUUUCAACGCGAAACAAAAUCAAAGAUUUUAAUGUUUGAAUAAAAGUUAAAACACAGAUUUUUAAGACAAAUCUAAAUUAAUUUAAACAUGUGAAUUGUAUGAAAAUAAAGAUUUCAGCUGCACAUUGAACUGAUGUGAUGAACUGAUCUGUUUGUUUCCUGCUUCCUUCUCUUCAGACUUCAAUAAAUAAUAAAUCAAA